AUGGCCAGAGAUGGCGACUCAAUGGCGGUGGCCAACACGAUGGUCCAUGAUAAAAAUAUGGUAAAUCAAACUCGAUCUAGUUGUAAAAUUGGGGAUGAAUGUACAAACAAGUUGCAUAGUGGUGGUAAGGGAUCCAGUACAUCAGACUCUGCAUCAGAUUCAUAUGGACUGAGAAGGUCAACCAGGGAGUCAUCAUCCAAGAAACCAAUGAUUCCAAGCUUUCCGACUAGUGUAAAGUCGGAGCGUCUUGAGAAGCAAAUACCACCCACUUCAGUUUCUAUGGAUCCCAAGAAGGUCAAGAGACAAAGGACGCCAAGUCCAGUGAGGAGGUCCAAGAGAUGCAAGAAGCUGCAGCAUUCCUCAGAUUCUGCAAUAUCAAAUAAGUCUACUAGAAGGUCUGAGUCAUCUGAUAGGCAAAACCAAAUGGACGAGAAAGAGAACAAGGCAAAACAAUUGGAGGUGGAAGAUAAGGAAUCUAGCAAAAGUAAUGAAGAAGAACCAGCCUCUACCCAGGUGAAGAGAGGGCAAUUGAGUGCUCGUGCUUAUAGAGCACAAUUCUGGAAGGGAAACAAGGAUAAAACAUCAGAUUGCCGUGAGGAGUUGAGUUGUCCAAAUGAGUCCUUUCAGCAGGAACACAACAAUUCUGGGGCUGGUCCAGAGGAAGUUGAUGCAGUCAAUGGAUGUAGUGCUUGUAAUCAAAAGAUUAAAGAGGGUGUGGAGUCCAUGACACAAACAGUGGAAAAACAAAAUGAGGAAAACACUUGCCUCAAGCAAAACAACCAUUCUACUCAACAAGAUGGUUAUGUUUGUUUAGAAAAUGGUCAAGAAGACGUCCAUGAUAAACGGAGCGACUCAGUUUACUUGAUUUCGAAUGUCUCAGCCAUGGCAGGAUGUCAAAAUGUUACCUCUGCAAAGCGCAAUUUCGUCCAAAUAGAUGGUAUAAAUUCAAAGAGAAAAAGUGGGGAGCCUGAAGCCACUGUUAACUUGGAACUUGGUGAAAAGCAGAACUUGCAUGUGUUGGUAAAUAUUGAUGAAGAAAGUGGACAGAGUACAUGCUUUAUCCGCAAGCUUGGCGGAAAGUUAUCUGUUCAUGACCUUAUUCUUUCUGAAAGAGGCAGAGAAAUUCAGAACCAGAAACAGAAACUGCAGGAGCUAGAAGCAAGGAAGAACGGAAUAUAUAGAGAAUAUGAGGCACAGAAGGUGUUGCUGGAGAGUAAUCAUAAAUUGGAGGCUGCAAUUGUCCGUUUGCAUUAUGGUGGUUCAACAAAAAUGGACAGGAUGAAGAGAUUGGACAGGGAAUACUCUACACAAAUUGAAGAAUGCUCACGUGCGAUGGCCAUGCACCUUAAAGAAAUUGAUGCUGAACAUCUAGCCUUAGCAAGUGCAGUUCAGCAGGAGCCUUCUGUAGUAGAGGGAGACAGGCGCUCAACGCACACGCAAUUGCUGAAUAAGCUGCCUGAAGACAGGAGGGGCCAGGAAAGUUCCAAUUGUCAUGAUCAGCUUGAUAAUGCGGACCCUUUCUCGAGGCCCUCGGUUGACCAAAGUGCUGAUGCAAUUGUCCAUGCUGAAAAGGACUGCCUUCCAGUUAAGAUUGGCAGUGACAAGGAUGAGAUGGGUAUUGUGGCUUCAGGAACAGCUUCUACAGAUGUGGGGCCAUGUGCUAAUGGAACACCAAUAGACAACCAAGGGAAUGCUGUUUCUCUCAAUCCCUGUCCUAAGGAGAAUCUUCCUUUUAAUUCACAAGGUGAUUUUAUCAGUAACCAUGCUCUAGAGAAUGAUAGCACUAUGGAUGCUUGCACAUGGGUGGAUCAGAUUCCUGAUGGUUCAAGAAAGGAAGCAAUUGAUAAGCUGGGUCCAGUGGAGGUGCAAGAGAGUGUUCAUUUAACGAAUAUACUGGAGAGAUCGAGUUCUCCAGAUCCACAAGCAUCAGAAACGGAACGACCUAAUGGAUCUGAAUCUGGGGUGGUUGAUAGUGAGGGACCUCAUAAAGCUUCCUUGGUUAAUCAAUCAAUAUCAAGGAUGCCUAAUGGCAGAGACAAAGUCGGAGCUACUGAUCAUACUCUGGAGAAUAUUAGCUCUCUGAAUGCUUGCUCCUUGGAUGAUCAGAUUCGUGACGGUUCAAGAAUGGAAGCACUUGAUGAACUAGCUGCGGUGGAGGUGCAAGAGAAUAUUUGUAUAUCAGGUGAACCGGAGGAGAUGAUCUCUCCAGAUCCACAUAUACCAGAAACGGAAAUAUGCAAUGGAUCUGAAUCUGAAGUACUUGAGAAUGUCCAUCCCCGUGAUGGACCUCGAGAAGUUGCCUUGGUUAAUCAAUCAAAGUCAACUACAGUGCUGCCAUCACGGACCUUUGCUGAGGGAGCUACUGCAUCAUCUUACUGUACCCUACCUGACCAGGAGUUGAGAGACGAUUGUAAUGCCACAUCUACCAGCAGGCAAGAGAGAAAUGCACCCAAUGAAGAGCAACAUAAUGAUGAGACCCUACCUGAGGAGGAGUCAAGAGAUGAUUGUAAUGUCACAUCCAUCAGCAUGCAAGAAAAACAUGCACCUGGGAAACAGCAGCAUGAUUCUGAGGUUGCUUCUAUGACAUCUCAUCAUAGCGCGCCUCACCAGGAUUUGAGAGAUGAUUGUAACCCCACACCAGCCAUCAUGCAAGAGGGAAAUACACCUGAUGAAGAGCAACAAAAUGCUGAGGGUGCUUCCAUGCCAUCUUAUCUUACCUUAUCUGAAGAGGAGUUGAGAGUUAAUUGUAAGGCAGCAUCCACAGGCAUGCAAGAGAGAAAUGCACCCCAAGAAGAGCAGCAUAAUGCUGAGGGUGCUUCCAUAUCAUCUUGUCAUAUGUUAUCUGACCAGGAGGUGGGAGAUGAUUUUAAUGCCCCGUUCAGCAGCAUGCAAGAGAGAAAUGCACCCAACGAAGAGCAGCAUAAUGCUUCUCAACAAACUGAAUUUCUAUCAUCUAGUACUGGUAAUGCUGCAUCAUCUUUCUCUGGAGCAGCAGAUAUGGAGCCUCCAGUGCUUCUGCAGCUACAAGAUCAGCCUCUUAACCACAGUUCACAUGAUUUUGCUCUCGUCAGUGGAACGGCAACUCCACUCCAGGGGGUGGGAGGGACUUCUAAUCUAACUGUUCGCUCUCAGUCAACACAACUUGCUGAAAACCCUGCUGUGCCUCCUAAUCAAGCAAUGUCGGAAUCUGCAGUCAGCAUUCCUCGUGGUGGGAUGGUGGCACAGGUCUCAGGCAAUUCAACUGCAUCCAUUUCUGUGGAAAGUAGCACUCAGCUAUUACAGAGUCCCUUUCCAAUGGCACAACCCAGAAUGCCUUUGAAAUUGCACUUGGACCCUCUUCAGAAUGAGCUGGACAGAAUACAAAGGGAAAUGGAGCAGAUGGACAAAUCACAUGAAGAUGCGAAAUUGCUACUGGUAUCUGAUUGUGGGAAGGAGAUAGAGGAAAUUGUCGCACAAAUUCGCCGGAAGUACGAUUUGAAACUUAAGGAGAUUGAGGCAGAAUAUCUUGCUAAAAACAAGGAACUCGACAUGAAUCAGGGCAAAGUUCUGAUGAAUAGGAUGCUAGCUGAGGCAUUCAAAUCCAAGUGUUCCGAUAUCAGGGUGUCUGGCGCAAAUGGAAUCCAACAAGAUGUAGCUUCUGGUUCCAUGCAGCAGUUGCUACAGUUAUCAUCACAGCGUAAUGCACAUCAGCCUUUGCCAGUUCGUGGCCCUUCUGCUGGCCUUCAAUCGGACGGGGUUCGCACUGUUGCCACUCCAUUCACAGGCUCGGAGAAUUUUCCUCCCAAUGUGGCAAGCUUGCGGAUUGUGGGCCCGUCUGGAGUUACCAUCCUCGAUAGUUUGGCUGUUUCCUCUUUUAUAGCAUCCAGAAUGGCCCAGGUCAGCCUCAGCAUGCUGCCACCAUCUGCAAACAUUCAAGCUCCCAGUGAUCUUCGUUCUCCUGCCCCAUAUCUCCAAACUUUCAGACCGUCGAUUGCAUCUUCAGGCACCCCUUCGCUAGGCUUGCCUAAUCAGCAGUCACCUAGCAGCCCACCUCCAACUUCUGCCCCUCUUCAGCAGCUUCCAUUGGCAGCAGCACCACCUGCGGGCACAGUGGGUCCAAGUAGUUGGCAUCAUGGCAGAGGAUCUGUGGGAGUUUUUCCACCUAAUGAAUGGGGGAGUGAUCUGCUUAGGGAUGUCUUUCAUCCCCUAAUUGCUGCUACUUCACAAAGGGAUAAUUUAACCUCCUCUGGUGCUCCCGCUGACGUUGUAUGCUUAUCUGAUGACGACUAACCGCACACUUGAAGGUAUUGAUAUCAUAUCCAUUGGCCAUUGGUCUAACAAGUAGGCAUCCCAUGAAUCCUCGGCAUUUUUUAUUGCAGGAAGGUUUUGUAAAUAAGUCAAUCGUGAUAAUUAAGUUUUAUGUCUGUAGCAUCAUUCCUGUGAACUAACCCUAAGCUGAAGUAGGACCUUUUGAUACCACCUAGUACAAAAAGCCCGGAAGAAUAUGUGGCCAUGAGUUGGGAAAGUACGCAGAAGAGGGGUGUAUCUCGGAAUAUUUGACAUGGGUGCUCGCUCGUUUCUGUUUCCUGUAGCUUGUGCUUAGUUGUGACACUGGGCCUAUUGGUGAAGGUAGAGUUUCAUUUCACCCCGAAA